AUGCAGCUUCUACUGCUUCUACUCUUCACAGCAGCAUACCUUUGCUUAUGCUGUUUCUUCAUGCACAAGAUUUCAGCUUUAGCUUCACGUGGAUUAAUGACAUCAGCAAGCUUCACGUGUUAUGAUUUUAGAAUCAUACAAUUUGUGUCUUUGAUAUACGAGUUCAUGGAUAACGGAAACUUAGACGAUUGGUUCCAUCCGACUUAUCCAAAGAAUUUAAACAUUGAUCAAAAACUGAAUAUUGUGAUAGAUGUAGCUUCUGCGCUAGAGUAUCUCCACAAUCAUUCCGGAACACUACCGAUUGUUCUCUGUGAUCUAAAACCAAGUAAUGUUCUUCUCUAUAAAGAAAUGACUGCACAUGUAGGCGAUUUUUGGGUGGUCAAGUUCCUUUCUCUAGAUAUGUCACAAUCUUCUACUCAUCAUACCAGCUCCCGUGAAGCAAUAGGAACUAUUGGUUAUUGUCCUCCAGAGUAUGGUUUAGGAACCAAUGCUUCGACAUCAGGGGAUGUAUUUAGCUUUGGCAUACUUUUAUUGGAGAUGUUCACCGGAAAGAGACUGACUGACGACAUAUUCAAAGAUGGAUUAAGCCUCCACAAAUUUGUCAAGAGAGCUUUGCCUGAAGAAGUGAUCCAAAUUAUGGAUCCCAAUAUGCAACUCAGAGAAGAUGCAACAUCAGCCCCAAAUCCGAACAUGAAAAAUAAUGUACUUAAUGAUUGCCUGAUAUUAAUAUUUCAAAUCGGAGUCUCUUGUUCGUUUGAAUCACCACAAGAGCGCUUAGAUAUCGAUGAUGCUGUUAUUCAACUCUCUUCUAUCCGAGAACAAAUUAAAGCCGUCAACAUGGCUAUGGCAGCGGAUAAUAACUACUGUAUAAAAAUAAAAUUCUACAACUUUGUGGAAGUUGACCCAGACUUGAAGAUUGACUUUUCUGGAUACAUGGUGAUUUUGUAG